AUGAAUCCCGCCCGUAAGCGAUCGUGCCUGCUGCAUUAUGCUGGCAGUGACGUGCAAGACAUUUUCUUCAAUCUGCGAGGAGAGAAUGAGUUACAAAUUCCGGAGGAUUCUGAAAUCUACAAGCAGUCAGUCAAGCUGCUCGACGAUUAUUUCCUGCCACUCAAAUGCCUGCCGAGAGAACGUCACAUUUUCCGAAACCUCGAGCAAGGCCCGGAGGAAUCAAUCGAGAAAUUUGUUUUGUGUCUACGGGAACAAGGUAGUCUUUGUGAAUACGAUGCGUGGUUGGAAGAAAACAUUAAGGAACAAAUUUUCGAGAAAGGCUGUUCGGACGAGCUACGAGCGAAGAUUCUCACCAAGGGAAACAUGACGUUGGCGCAAACGAUUGAAGAAGGGCGCUCACUGGAAACAAUAGCAAAGCAUCGCAAAAACAUGCAGCGGACAGAAGAGAUUAACCGGAUUGUGAAAUCGAAAGGUGAGUGCUUCUGGUGUGGCCAUUCCGGACACUACGCCAAUGACGACGAUUGCCCAGCCAGGGACAAAAAAUGUGAGAAGUGUCACUUGCUUGGGCAUAUCAAACGAUGCUGUAACACCAAAGAUGCGAAUGCACGGAAGAAUAAGGAUGGGGAUUCGAAGAAGCGCCACAAGAAAAACUAA